AUGGCCAUCUCGUGGGCCUACUUGCCAGUUGAAAUACACCAUGAGAUACUGUCCCUGGUUGGUUUACCCUGGAUGGGGAGGCGAUACAAGGUGGCCAAAUUCGCUACAGUGUGCCGGGACUGGCAAGUCUUCUUUGAGACCUGUCUAUUUCGGCGUCUGGUCCUUGAUUCCGACUCUCUCGGCGAAUUUGACGCAAUCAUCAAACGCCAUGACAUUCGGCUGGCGUACAUCCGAAAACUCUGGCUGCGGAUUCAGCUCCCAUCGUACGGCUGCUCCGAUUGUGACAGGCCAGAAAAUGGGGCAACACAGCGUCGCAACAAUGCGGCAUUCACAAUGGCUAUCCAAUCCCUACUGGACACUCUCACGCUCUGGGAUCCAGUGAGACAUGGAUCGAAGGGACUGGCAUUGAUGUUGUCUGCCUCUUCGCGUAGUGAUGCUGAGCAUCGGUUCAGACGGUGUGAAAUCAAGGAUACUUAUCCAUUUCACUACGCCGAAGAUUUAUGCCGUGCACCCGGCAUCGUCGACUUCCACAGGGCCAACGUUGUUAGUUCGCUUACUGUUCAGUUUCAUCAGUACCGAUCUCCCCCGAUGCACAAUGGGCAUGUCAAAAGGGUGCAGGGAACUCCGCUCCAGUUUGAACCGAAAAGGGGCGAGCGAGGCCGCUUCGUCGGUCGAUACAAGUGCCUUCCUGCCGUUCCCAUGGUCAAAGGACUGGUCAUGCGUAGACAGUUUCGUAGAGACAUUCACACACGUACACUGUCUGAGCUCCUAAGUCGAAGCUUUGUGGCACUAGAGUGGUUCCGUUUCGAGAAGACCAUUCCCCUAGAGCCUUAUAAGCAAACUACUUUUGAUAGAGACUUCCAGUCGCGCGUACUGCCCUCCCUGCCAAGAACACUGCGCCAGUUCUCCUUUACGCAGUGGGAAAUUCCCAAAGAUGAGAUUCAGCAAUCUUAUGGUCUUGAAGAAGAAGAAGCACCUAGAAUUUCUUUAUAUGAGAAAGCCCUGCCCUGGGAGAUGGCAAAGCUUUCUUACAAGCUGGAGCAGUUCUGUCCGCCAUGGCAGAUGGAUACUGCUGCCUUUCUUCGGUCUCUUGUUGAACUAAGCGAAUCCUUUGAGAUGCCUGAAAGCUCUCUGAAACGCAUAGUUCUGCGUUGUUCUCUCAAAAACCCAUUCAAAACCAGACGAGAUUUCGAAUGCCUGGUAAUGCUCGCAGCCAAAGCGGCUCUGUCGCUUCCCCGACUGACAGUGAUGGAGCUUUGGGGUACCUGUCUUGACAAAGAUGAAAGCCGCGCAUACAUCUUCCGGUACACUUAUGAAGACAGUCGAGCCAGCAUCGUCUGGAGGAGCAAUGUGGGGACCAUGACAGCUCAAUCUCGGAUUAUCACCAAGUGGAACGAGGUGGCCGAGAAGAACACGGAUUCGACUCUCAUCUACGAUGCUGUAUCCCUUGAGGAGACCGAGGCGGAUAUUUUCAGGUCCAACGGAACAUGCAUCUAUAGACAUCUGCUGCUCAAGGAUUUGGUGUUUGAUCCAAUUACCCAGAUCAUCCUGGAGAAUGAGCCGACCCAAUGGGGCUUCAAUAAGAUGGGCAAUUAUUCAGCUUUUGCGGAUCAAGGGGAUGACGAUAUGUGGGACGGUAACGGGGCAGAUGAUGAUCUUGGGUCGGAGGAUGGCUUUGAGUUAGAUGUUGAUGCUGAGGUGGGCGAUAAUUUGGCCUUACAGCAAACAGAUGUCACGGCUUGGCAGCAGGAAAUCAUUGCUGCUCACCAAGCCAGCAUGUCGGGUAAUACCUUGUGA